AUGGCGGCAUCAGAUGAUGGUGCAUUCCGCAUCUUGGUGAUCAAUCCCAACACAUCUACGCAUAUGACAGAAGCUUUAAAGCCCAUCCUGGACCGACUCAACUACGCCGAUGUUCGUUUCAACUAUUUCACAGCUCCCGACGAGACGCUUACAAUCAACGGAGCUGUAUGCGAGCCAAUCGCCAGCAUCAAUAAUGGGGACGAUUCUGCCAAGUCGGCGCUGAACUGCACGUCCGUUCUUGAGCUCGUGCCUCAAUACGAUGCUUUUUUGGUAGCGUGCUAUUCUUGCCAUCCUCUAGUGGGAAUGCUGCGACAGCACAUCAGAGAGCUUGAGCAGACCACUUCAUCACGAACGAAAUAUGUGACGGGCAUUUUCGAAGCUAGCGUUGUUGCUUCCUUGUCCCUGAUCAGUGGAUUUGAUUUUGUGAGCCCCGGAGCUCUGAAGAAGAAGCAGGUGGAAGAAACAUUUGGCAUCAUAACCACCGGCAGUGCAUGGAAAGAUGAGCUCAGCGGAGCCGUGAAGGAAAUGUUGGUGGGUCAGGGCUCAUCUUCGCGCUUCGCCGGUGUUGAGACUACCGGGCUUACGGCAGUUGAAUUACAUACAACUGCAUGGGAUGAGGUGAAGCGAAGGCUUAUCGGUGCCACUCAAAAAUUACUGAAGAGUGCACCGAGUCCAGUUGGUGCAAUUUGCUUGGGCUGUGCGGGCAUGGCAGGCAUGGAGGAAGCAAUCCGGGAAGGUUGUAUUCAGGCCUAUGGAGAGGAAGGUCGUCGAGUGAGGAUUGUGGAUGGCGUUGUUGCAGGAGCUGGAAACCUGGUGACAGCCUGGAAAUCAUCACGAUCCAAGCCGGCCAGUGCGGCAACAAUGUUCUGGCAACAGCUGUGCCAGGAGCACGGAAUCAACCAAGACGGAAACCUAGAGGAAUUUGCGACCGAGGGUGGAGAUCGCAAAGAUGUUUUCUUUUACCAGAGCGACGACACCCGAUACAUUCCCCGAGCGAUCCUCCUCGACUUAGAACCUAGGGUUCUCAAUAACAUCCAAACCGGCCCGUACAAAAACAUCUACAACCCCGAGAACUUCUUCGUGGGACAGCAAGGCAUCGGUGCAGGUAACAACUGGGGCGCCGGCUAUGCGGCGGGAGAAGGUGUUCAGGAGGAGAUUUUUGACAUGAUCGAUCGAGAAGCAGAUGGAAGUGACUCACUAGAGGGAUUCAUGUUGUUACACUCAAUUGCAGGAGGCACAGGCUCGGGAUUGGGCAGUUUCAUACUGGAGCGGAUGAACGACCGAUUCCCCAAGAAGCUCAUCCAGACAUACUCCGUCUUUCCGGAUACGCAAUCGGUGGAUGUGGUUGUCAACCCUUACAACAGUCUACUUUCGAUGCGGCGAUUGACACAAGACGCCGACUCUGUGGUUGUUCUCGACAAUGGAGCUCUCUCAAGAAUUGUGGCCGAUCGACUUCAUGUUCAAGAGCCCUCUUUCCACCAAACUAACCAGCUUGUUUCAACGGUCAUGUCGGCCUCCACUACCACACUUCGAUACCCCGGCUACAUGCACAAUGACCUCGCAGGAAUCAUUGCAUCGCUGAUCCCGACGCCACGCAGCCACUUCCUGCUCACCUCUUACACACCAUUCACGGGUGAUAACAUUGAGCAGGCCAAGACUAUCCGCAAGACAACCGUUUUGGAUGUGAUGCGACGCCUUCUACAGCCAAAGAAUCGCAUGGUCUCUAUUAACCCCAGCAAGACCAGCUGCUACAUCAGUAUUCUCAACAUCAUUCAAGGUGAAGCUGAUCCAACCGAUGUACACAAGUCUCUGCUACGCAUUCGAGAGCGUCGCCUUGCAUCAUUCAUUCCCUGGGGCCCUGCCAGCAUCCAAGUGGCGCUCACAAAGAAGUCUCCAUACCUACAGCACACCCACCGAGUGAGUGGUCUCAUGCUGGCAAACCACACCUCCGUCGCAACUCUUUUCAAGCGAAUUCUGAGCCAAUACGACCGACUGCGCAAGCGCAAUGCAUUCAUAGAGCAAUACAAGAAAGAAGCGCCUUUUUCCGACGGUCUUGGCGAAUUCGACGAAGCGCGCGCCGUGGUCAUGGACCUGGUACAGGAGUACGAGGCCGCGGAACGAGCCGACUACCUGGACCCCGGUGCCGGAGAAGGACAGGAGAUGGGGGCGUGA